AUCUUGCAAAAUUGGACAAACCCUCUGCGACUUUGUACGACAACAAGAGGUCGUACCUGCGAACCGUGCUCGGAAGGGAAGCGCCAUCAGCGAAGAUGGUACUACCUCCUGCACCACGCAACCUCAAAGGAAUACCUCCAUUUCUAGCGAGGAGCAAGCUGUGCAGGGAGCUAAUAUACAAAAGUCGGGACACCGUUCGUUUAAUAGGUCUGCCUCCUCUAGGCAAAGCUCGAACCCGACAUCAAAACUAAAGGACACACUGAGCAGAAAGCCCACUCGCAAGCAGGACGCACUUUCUGCACACACGAGCACCAGCAGCACCACAUCGAUCCAAUCGUCACUCAUCGAGCCAGCUUCCUCUCUGCCCACGCUGCACACCACGCAUACACCACCGGCUUCCAGCAAAAGUAACCUUUUCGUGCGGGUACUUCGACGCUUUUCCAGUAACUCCCUUUCCGGAAAGACAACGGUGAGCCCAAAAGUCGAAGUCGAAGCACCGAAAGUCAACGACAACAACAACGGCGCUCUGAACAAGCAGCAAACGACCGAUGUAGAGGUGCUUUGCUCCCAGGACAAUCAGAGCAGGAAACACAAUGAGGACAAAAUGGAUGCCAAAACAGAGCCUGCAGAUGCCAAGAGCCACCAGAAAACUGGUCUAGCUUCGGGCAAUCCCAAAAAAGACAAGUCGGUCAAAGGGACGUCGCAAGCGGUUGUCUCAGACACCAAGAAAAUGGAGGCCAGGAAAUCCUCCUCGGACACGGUCAUAGAGCCGUUGAUCAAGCAACAGGCGCCACUGCACUCGUCCAAGACCACGCCCACGACCCUGACGGCAAACUUCGUGCAGAACAUCCGAUUUGUCCGAAAAAAUGUGGAGCAGUCGGGCAGGAACACCAAUCCACUGCAAUUCGUGGAGCUCGAGACGGAGUUUCCGCGCGACUAUGAUGACAAUAUCGAGAUGCUGUCCCGCGAGGCGGAGCACCUGGAGGAACAGUUCCGCACGCCUACGCGGUCAAAUGCUACGGAUGCCGCUUCCCACCAGGUGGCCGGCAUCAUCGACAACAUUAUUACCGAAGCGUCACGGAGUCUUGCAAUCGAGAAGACUGAAGACGAUGUGCCAUUAAGGUCCUCCACCAAGCACUCCAGCGGCGUCAAGCGCGUUGGCUUUCAGGUAGAGGAGAAGGAUGAUACCGAAAGUCAUAGCGAAAAGCAGCCAAAGAGUAUCGAUAGUAUAGCCAAGAAGUCGGAGAGCGCCGAGGCUAGCGCUGAGGAAGCCACUGUCACUGGGUCCUCUCCGGAUGCUUCCGCAUCCCUGCUACCCUCCACGUCGACAGUGUCCACCACCUCAUCGGCCACAUCGAUCACCAAGAGUAAGAGCGAUGAGGACGAUGACCCGGUGGCCAUGUCUCCGUGCGGGCGUUUCUUUAAGUACGACAAGGAGGUCGGACGCGGUUCCUUUAAAACUGUCUAUCGUGGCCUGGACACGUUGACUGGAGUUCCCGUCGCCUGGUGCGAAUUACUGGACAAGCAAGUGAAGAAAAGUGAACGCACCAGAUUCCGCGAGGAGGCAGACAUGCUGAAGAAACUUCAGCACCCAAACAUUGUGCGGUUCUAUACAUAUUGGGAGUUUCCCAUCGGCCGCAAGAAGAAUAUAGUACUAGUCACCGAACUAAUGUUAUCUGGAACUUUGAAAUCCUAUUUGAAACGAUUCAAGAAAAUACACCCAAAGGUAUUGAAGUCAUGGUGUCGCCAGAUCCUGAAAGGCCUCAACUUCCUGCAUACUCGUCAAUUUCCUAUAAUUCAUCGUGAUUUGAAAUGUGAUAAUAUUUUUAUAACUGGCACCACUGGUAGUGUUAAAAUCGGCGAUUUGGGCCUGGCAACGUUGAAGAACCGCUCCCACGCGAAAUCUGUGAUUGGAACGCCGGAGUUCAUGGCCCCGGAAAUGUACGAAGAGCACUACGACGAGUCGGUGGACGUAUAUGCCUUCGGCAUGUGCAUGUUGGAGAUGGCCAUCUCCGAAUAUCCGUAUAGCGAGUGCAAGGGUCCCGCACAGAUUUACAAGAAGGUGAUCUCGGGCAUAAAGCCAGCAGCGCUGGCCAAGGUGGAGGAUCCCAACGUGCGCGACAUUAUCGAGCGGUGCAUCGAACUAAAAAAGGAGGAUCGCCCCAGCUGUAAUGAACUUCUAGAAUCAGAGUUCUUUGACGAGGACAUCGGCAUACGCGUGGAGCCCACUGCCUCCGAACAGUUUCUUUCUGAUCCCAGCAUCAGCAUAAUCGAGUUCCGGCUGCGUUUCAUGGACCCAAAAAAGCGCUCGUCGCGACACAAAGAGAACGAGGCGAUCCAGUUCGAGUACAACAUCAAGCACGAUGAGUACGAGCAGAUUGCGCAGGAAAUGAUGAAGGAAAAUAUCAUAUCCGAGGAUGAUUCUCGCGCUGUAGCUCGACUUCUGAAGGUGCAAGUUGUAUCGCUGCUCAAGGAGCGUGCCCAGCGUCAAACUCAAAUCAAGCUGCAAAACGAGAAGUCGCGUUUGGAGAAACUUGCAUUACAAAAACAACGUGAGAGUUUACCGACCAACGUCGACGAAGACGAGGAAGAGGAGGAGGAGUCCGAGGACGAGGAGGACGGCGUAAAGUGGAAUCAGCGCCUGCAGCUCAAGUACGACCUGCUCAACACUGAUUCAGAAACUAGCCUAGCUCUCUCCACGAACAGCGUCGAGCCACAACAACUGUCAGCACGCUCGAACACUUCGAUUCCGAACAGUGGCAUCCAGCAGCCACUUCAGGUCGCAGGUCCUGCGGGCGUCCCCCAGUUGAUCUCGGUGCAGCCGCAAGCCAUUUCCUCACCGGCCAUUCCCAUGCAACAGAAGCCAACUGUGCAUUACAUUCAACCGCCGCAACUGGCUUCAUAUCAGAACUCCAAUCCGACCAUGCAGGAAAUGGCAGGCAACCAGGUUAUCUCCCCGACGGGCAGUCAACAGAUGCAACAGCAGCAAUCUAUUGCUGCACCGACCGUUAAUCACCAGAUCUUGCCGCAGCAACAAGUAAACCAGCAACAGCAGCAGCCACAAAUGAUGCAGCAAAUGCCACAGCAAGUUCAAGUGCAGCAAGUGGCCCAGCAACAACAGCCACAAACGGUUUUACCACCACAGCAACACGAGCAGCAGCCACAACAACAACAAACAUUGCCAGAUCAACAAAAGAGCCAACAGAUUCCGUUGCAGCAGCAACUGCAGCAGCUCAUGCACACGAACGUGCAGGCACCGGACCUGGCACAGCAGCAACAAAUGGCUCAGCAACAGGCCCAACAAUACUUUCAGCAGCAGCAGCAACCACAGGCGCCGAUUCCCUUGCAUCCGAAUCAGCUUGCGCAGCAGCAACAGGCUUACGCGAUGCAACAGGCUGGCCACCAGCAACAGCUAACGCAGCCCCUUCAAAUUCAACAACAGAUCCUACAGCAGCACCAACAAGCGGCGGUCUCGCACCAACAACAGAUAUUACAGCAGCAAUUAGCCCAGCAUCAACUGCAGCAACUCCAGCAGCAACAACUUCAGCAACAGCAACUCCAACAGCAGCAGCAACAGCAAAUUCAACAACAGCAACUCCAGCAACAGCAGCUCCAACAGCAGCAGUUUGCUCAGCAGCAGCAGCAGCAGUAUGCUCAGACCAUGCCACAGCAACAACACCAACAACUAGUCGCGGGAUCUCAGGUGAUGGCACCGCAGCAACAUCAGCAGCCUAUGCAGCUUCCAGUUCAGAUGCAAGUUCCACCCACUUCAGUGGCUCCUGCAAUACAGCAGUCGUUCAACCAGCAACCCCCACAAGUUCCUCUCGGUGAUCCCCAGCAGCAGCAAAUUGCAGGCUUCUCGGCCGUUCCUUCGCAGCAACCACAAUUUGUGGCACAGGCCACUCAGCAACCAAUACAGUUGUCAAUGCCUUUAGAGCAGCAAUUGCAGCAGUUGUUACAUAGCCAGCCGCCCCAGCAACAACAACCACAGCAGCCUAUAAGCCAGCAGCCGCAGCAACCUACGAUCCAACAGCAGCCACCGUUGGCCCAGCAUCAGCAGCCCCCGCAGCCUCAGCUGAUACCGGGAGCUCAACAGCAUCAACUACAACAGCCACAACCCCAAGCGGAACAGCGCUCACAGAUUCCUUCGCAAGUCCCAAAGCAACAGGAAAAUCUGAAUCAAAUCCAAGUCAACCAGGAGCUACCGACAGCAACAGAAACCAUGUCUGUUAAUAGUACCCAAACUAACACCGAAGGUGCUUCCAAAACAGACCCCCAAACAGCUGUAGAUGCGGAAAAGCAGCAGAAACAACAGGGCGCUGCUUCACGUUCCCAAAAACCAAGACGUUCCAAUCGAAGCGGCAACGAAAGGAUUCCGAAGCUAAGCGUUACCAGUGUGGACGAGGGCAGUGUCAUAAACUGCCACAUGGAAAACAAACUUAAAACGAUUACAUUUAAAUUCGACAUAGGAGACGUUAAUCCGGUUGAAAUUGCCAAUAAAUUGAUCGCCCAAGAUUUGCUUUCUAAUUGCCAAAGUUCAGUUUUUGUGGAAAUGAUCAAUGAAAUUGUUGACCAAGUCAAACAGAAUCCUAAUCAAAUUCCUAUACCGACUAAUUAUCGCCGCAAUAUUGAAAAGGUCCGACACGCGUCUCUAACUCGACAGCGUUCCACGUUUAGGUCACACCAAAGACAUAGAUCUCGGGAUGAAACCGCCAGCGACAUUACCAAAAUGUUCGAACCCACUAUCCAUGGUGUGGAAACUCUGCCUUCCAGCGGAGGAGGCACCGAACCGUCAAACCCCAAUUUAACUUUCGAUGCCAGGCCACAUGUAUCCAACAUAACGAAUGCGCAAGAACCCCAGGCUAAUGUUGGAACCCCACCCACAACCACGUCGACCAUGUCUUCCUCAUCAACCGCAUCGAGGGAUGCACCCAAUAGCAGCAAUGACGUGACUAUUGGGUCGGGAUCCGUUUCCCGCAAGACAAGCACGGCAUCUGAAUAUACUUCGCUGUCGAUUGACUAUAUGCCUGACAGCAAUAUUACUCCAACUGGUCCGGAACCACAGCUCGACGAUAUCAAGGAGUCACUGACUGUCAACCAGAAGCCUUGCUCCCUUGCUAUCGCUAGAAUGCAGAAGCUUUUGGAGUCGACCGGCGGUGGUGCUCCCCGUAGCCUGAAUCUACCCUUGAAUCGUCACCUGAAGAUUCAAGAAGACUUAAAGCAUACUAGAAGCCUUGACGAUUUGACCGCUGUGAAAAUAACCUUUGAUAUGCCCAACAAGGCCUCAUUUGAACCUUCGGAAAAUGCUCAGCAAGCCAUCGCAAUGGAAGCAGAGAAGCCCAAAGAUAAAUCCGCCCAUGCAAUGGCAAACCAGGGAACCGGAGCAGCCAACACUCUGGAGCAGUUAAAGAUAGAACUGGAGAACAUAACUCAUGCUCACGCUUUUGCCUCAGCGGUAGUAGCGUCGAUCAAUAACAGGGCUCCUCACCAGGCUUCCCCAGCCCCAGCCAUGUCCUCACUGAAAGCUACUUCUGGAUCAACACAGACACAAGAGGUAAGCAAAUCCAACAACGGAGCAGGGCCAUCAGCACCUUCAGUGGGUCAGAAUACUCCCACUGCUGCUUUGACAUCCGCUAGGGGUUCUGGCUCGUCCGUCUACAAUUCACGGCGCACUUCCAUCGACAACAGCAUGGGAUCCGAUGUGCACUUGCAAACCUCCACUAAUCUUGAAGGGACAGUUAGUAACUCGGAUCCGACUCCAACUGAGGCAUCAGUUGGCAUUACCAUUGGCACGGGUCACGAGAAGCAACUGUCCAAACAGCCUAGCUUAGAAAAACCAUCGACCACAUCCAUUACAACAAACAGCAGUGAUCCUCCGCAAAGAAAUCCCAGCAACGGAUCAAUCAAUCAGAACUCGAUUGCAGAUUUGGAAAAGAAAUUAGCAGCUUUGCGAAAUGUCGAAAACGCAGAAGAGUCUGCAUCAUCCACUUUGUCGGUAGUUCCUAAACAAAUUGAAGAGGUCGUGAAUCCAAGCGCGCGUAAAAUUUCGCGUUUCAGUGUCAGUCGUGUUCAGGAGCAGAAGACUUCAACCGGUGUGGAGGAACCUGCACAGGGCCAACUAAAGAUCGACCUGCAGGUCGCAGGCCCUGGAGGCCAUAUACAGGCCAACAAUUCAGUGCAGAACGGUAGUGUGGUUAAUACUCCAACCGAAGUCAUCAGCUCUCCUAUUCAAAAUAUUCCGCUGGCCAUUAACGGAAUUCAGUUGAUUUACCAACAAACCCAGCCGAUCCACCAGUUGCCUGGAGGAACCUCCACCUCUGCUAGUGGAGCUGGGGCGCAGUGCAUUGUGGUGCCACAAGUUAUUAAUCAAAAUGGCACACAUAUGCAACAAAUAUCAAACCUGCAGCCGCAGCAACAGCUUGUGCAUCAGAAUAUGCCACAACAGACGCCACUUAAUGGCCAUCCACCCAUGGUUAACACGCACCAGCAGCAGCCACAACAGCAAUCUAUACCGAUGCAGCCGAUUCAACCACAACAGCAACCGAAUCAAAUGCCUCUCCUGGCGCAACAGCAGCAGCAAAUCAUGAUGCAACAGCAACAGGGAUCCCAGCAGGGAUCACAGCAAUAUAACUUGCCCAGCACACAGACCCAUCCUCAGCAUCAAUUCAUCCAAACGCAGCCCAACCAGCUUCACUCGCUUCCCCCCCAGGUGGUGAGCAUGGCCCAGGGAAUGCCGCAUCAGCUUCCACCCAUGCAGACUAUGUCGGCUCAGCAGCAAAUGAUCUCGCAACAACAACAUCAGUUGCAGAUGCAAUCGCACAUGCAGCAACAAAGUGUGCCGGGAAUGUACAACCAGCAGACAGGAGCUCAUGUGACCGCUCAACAAAGUUUCCAAGGUGCUGUUCCAAAUCAUCUGUUACAACAGUCCCCUCUAAUGGCAUCCCAGCAGGCAUCACAGCCUAUUCAACACGUUAUGCAACCAAUUUUUAAUGCCACGUCUGGUGAAGUUACCGAAGAGCCUGUGUCUUUAGCGGCAACGCAUCCGCACUUGUUACCGAGCGAUAUACAAUCCGACAUUAAGCACAAUUUAGACUCAUUGGUUAACCAACUGUGCAACACGCGCUUGGGUACUAACCAGCACCAACGGCUGCUGCUGUUGCGUCAAAGACAACUCAUCGAAGAGGACGAGCUGCGUCUAAAACAUUAUGUGGAAUACGAAAAGUUUCAAAAGGCACUACGCCAAUCUAUUAGCACAAACGUUCCAGCGACUGCAGCUUACUAUUCAGCAGCUACCGCACAGCUUCCAACUAACUUGGCAGCUCCUGCAGCUCCGUCCUCAUCGAAUACGACAUCCACUAACUCCGGAAACACAUAACUGCGCUAAAUGUUUUGCUUCAUGCACCUUUGACAAGCCAUACAACAGGUCUACUCUAUGUUCUCGGCAAUAUAAUUGGCUCGAGUUUAAGGAAGUGGAUCUGGAGGUAGAUUUUAAGUAAAAAGUGGUCGAAUGUUACGGGGUUGUCUGUAAAUAUUAGUCAAACGCUUCUUGUUGAUAUGCCAUUGUUUUAUAUUUUUCUUUCUGUUUCACUUUUAAUUUAAAAAAAUCCUAAUUUCCGAUCUUGGCUUUCGUUUAUUUGUUUAAAAUAAAUAUUAAAUUUUUGUAUGAACUUUUUAAGGAAUUUGUACAUUUUAUUAGUAAAAAAAAACUGUAAAUAAACAUUUCGAUAAUGUAAUAAUAUCAAUGCAUAUAGGAAUAUUAUAUAUUAGUCAUCAUUUAUUCAAAGUGAUGUAUACAUACUACGUAGUUACUAAAUAAAUAACUUAUUACCGAA